GAUAUGGGACUAGACCAGUCCUCUUCAGGAUUGUGAGGCCUCCUCUCUGAGAGUUAUAAUGAGUUAUCAUCAGAUUGAUAUGGGACCAGACCAGUCCUCUUCAGGAUUGUGAGGCCUCCUCUCUGAGAGUUAUAAUGAGUUAUCAUCAGGGGGCUGAGGGUGGUGCCAUCCAUAAAGAAAGACAGAAGGAUGGGUCACCAAACAAGGAUCUUGAUGAGACCAUGGACCCUUAUAUGAAGAGUGUCCAUCCAGAGAUAGCUGAGUCUGUUUCCUCUGGUUAUUUAUCAAUUAAGAGUGACCAAUCCAUGGAUCUCCCUUUUCGUUUCAAAGGGCCAGGAGAGGUACCCUGUGAUAUCUGCUCUGAGGUCCAAGCAGUGAAGUUCUGUCAGACCUGCACUAUCUCCUACUGUGAGAACCACAUCAGACAACACUAUACAAUACCUAAACUACAGAGACACACCCUGGUGGAGGUGACUGGAGACCUGGAGGAGAGACUCUGUCAGGAGCACCACAGAGCUCUGGAGGUGUUCUGCAGGACAGACCAGAAGCUGAUCUGCAGUCUGUGUGUAGUAACAGAACACAAAGGACAUGAUGUAGUCUAUGAAGAGAUAAAACAAGCAGGAAGACAGACUUUUGAUGGAGAGCAACGCCAAAGGCCAGAGUCAGUCAACGUGCUGCCCCCUCCUGGGAAGAUCCAGGUCCUGUCAGUGAGAUCAGACUCUGUGUCUCUGAGCUGGGGUUCUCCUGAGGGGCUGAAGGCACCACACAUGUUCAGAGUGACCUGGGGCUGUGACCUGGGGGAAACGGACUCAUCAAAAGUGAAAGGCGGGUAUCAUCUUAAAAUAAGCAGUCUCCAACCUGGUGAAAAGUACCAGUUCAGUGUGGCCACAGAGGGAGAAGAUGGAAGUCAAAGCAGAUGUGUCUCAGCAUCCCUAUCCACAGUGGUCCCACCCAGAGACUUAAAGGUAGACCAUUUGGAAGAGUCCUCCUUCACUCUCCACUGGUCCAAGGCUGAAGGAAUGGAAAAAGUCCCACAGCGCUUCCUCAUAUCCUACUGCAGCCCAGGAACAGACCUCCAUGCAGAGAAUACUAAAGACUGCCACAAAACAUUCUCAAACCUGCAGCCUGGUACUGAGUACACCGUCAGCGUCUCAACUGUACUGAAGAAUGGGGAAGAGAGUGAACCUGUCUCUACAACUAUCUGCACUAUACUGCCUGCUCCAGACCAGAUUAAUGUUGACUCAGUGGACACCACAUCAGCUGCUGUUAUGGGCAGCCACCAGGAUUAG